UGGCAUCCCACGUGGUCACAAAACUUUCCGACAUCAACAGAUGAAAACAUUUGUAAAUAGAUAAUUGGAUUUUAUGCUUCCGCUAGAGCUCUCUUAGAAUGUUACGGUCCCUUCCAUUCAUCACACUCCAAUGACACUUUGCAUCGCCCUUCAUAGACAUAGUUUUAUGGAUAAUCUAGUACAACCUUUUCACCAUCUCAAUCCUUAUUUUGUUCACAAUCCACAAACCCACAUUCAACCCAGAAGCCAUUCACCCACUUCAGUUUCUCUUGGAAUCUCAGAACCCCAGCUAGUUUCUUCUCCUCAAUUUUCCUCACCAAAAUUCUCUCCCUUCUUUCACCCUUUGGAUAACUUGGGUGAGUUGAAGACUUUGAAUUCUGUGAGGGAAUUCCAUGCCCAGAUGGUCAAAUUGCCAAAAAGAAGUAGCUCAGUCACAAUGGAUGGAAGCAUGAUGAAAAGCUACUUGGAAUUUGGAGACUUUGUGUCAGCGACUAAGGUUUUCUUUGUGGGUUUUUCAAGGAAUUACCUUUUAUGGAAUUCUUUUCUGGAGGAGUUUUCUAGUUUUGGAGGUGACUCACAUGAGAUUCUGGAGGUGUUCAAGGAAUUGCAUAAUAAAGGAGUAGAAUUUGACAGCAAAGCUCUCACUGUUGUUCUGAAAAUUUGUUUGUCUUUGAUGGAGUUAUGGCUUGGGAUGGAAGUUCAUGCUUGUUUGGUUAAGAGAGGCUUCCAUGUUGAUGUACAUUUGAGUUGUGCAUUGAUCAAUCUCUACGAGAAGUGCUUGGGAAUAGAUAGGGCAAACCAAGUGUUUGAUGAGACACCACUUCAAGAAGAUUUCUUGUGGAAUACAAGUGUUAUGGCAAACUUGAGGAGUGAGAGGUGGGAGAAGGCCUUAGAGCUGUUCCGUCGAAUGCAAUUUGCUUCUGCCAUAGCCACAGAUGGCACCUUGGUCAAACUGCUGCAAGCAUGUGGAAAGUUGAGAGCUCUCAACGAAGGGAAGCAGCUUCAUGGGUAUGUUACAAAAUUUGGAAGAUUGUCAAAUACUUCAAUUUGCAAUUCUGUAGUUAGCAUGUACUCUAGGAACAAUAGACUUGACCUAGCUAGAGCAGUUUUUGAUUCAAUGGAGGAUCAUAACCUGGCAUCUUGGAACUCAAUAAUUUCAAGUUAUGCAGUAAAUGGCUGUUUGAAUGGUGCGUGGGAUAUCCUCCAAAAAAUGGAGUCUUCCAGCAUCACACCAGACAUUAUAACUUGGAAUUCUAUUUUGUCUGGCCAUCUUCUUCAGGGAUCAUAUGAAAUGGUUCUCACCAGUUUCCGGAGCCUGCAAAAUGCCAACUUCAAGCCAGAUUCAUGUUCAAUAACUAGUGCUCUGCAAGCAGUUAUUGAAUUGGGUUGCUUUAAUCUUGGGAAAGAAAUCCAUGGCUACAUAAUGAGAAGUAACCUUGACUAUGAUGCCUAUGUUUGUACUUCUUUAGUGGAUAUGUAUAUUAAGAAUAUUUCCUUAGAUAAAGCUGAAGUAGUGUUUCGUCAUUCGAAGAACAAAAAUAUUUGUGCUUGGAAUUCAUUGAUAUCAGGUUACACCUACAAGGGCUUGUUUAACAAUGCCGAAAAUCUAUUGAAGCAGAUGGAGGGAGAAGGGAUAAAACCUGAUUUGGUGACAUGGAAUAGUUUGAUUUCAGGUUAUUCAAUGUGGGGCCACAGUGAGGAAGCUUUGGCCUUGAUGAAUAGGAUCAAGAGUUUGGGAUUAACUCCUAAUGUGGUGUCCUGGACUGCUAUGAUAUCAGGCUGCUGUCAAAAUGAGAACUACAUGGAUGCCCUGCAGUUUUUCAUCCAAAUGCAAGAAGAAAAUGUGAAACCUAACUCCACAACUAUUUGCAGCUUACUCCGUGCAUGUGCUGGACCAUCACUGUUGAAGAAAGGUGAAGAGAUACACAGCUUUUGUGUGAGACAUGGGUUUGUGGAUGACAUAUAUGUGGCCACAGCCCUUAUUGACAUGUAUAGUAAGGGAGGAAAAUUAAGAGUAGCCCAUGAGGUUUUCAGGAAAAUAAAGGAGAAAACACUACCAUGUUGGAAUUGCAUGAUGAUGGGAUAUGCUAUUUAUGGCCGUGGUGAAGAGGUAUUUACUCUUUUUGACAGCAUGUGCAAAACAGGUAUCAUACCUGAUGCUAUAACCUUCACCGUUCUUCUAUCUGCCUGCAAGAAUUCAGGUUUAGUCAUGGAAGGGUGGAAGCACUUUGACAGCAUGAAGACAUACUACAAUAUUACUCCAACAAUUGAGCACUAUUCUUGCAUGGUAGAUCUUCUUGGAAAAGCUGGCUUUCUUGAUGAAGCUUUGGAUUUCAUCCACGCCAUGCCUCAAAAGGCAGAUGCUAGUAUUUGGGGUGCUCUUCUUUCAGCCUGCAGAAUUCACAAAGACCUUAAGAUAGCAGAGAUUGCAGCAAGGAAUCUUUUGAGGUUGGAGCCAUAUAACUCUGCUAACUGUGUACUGAUGAUGAACAUAUAUUCCAGUUUUGAGAGAUGGGGGGACGUGGAGCGUCUUAAGGACUCAAUGACUGCCAUGGGGAUGAAAAUUCCAAAUGUUUGGAGUUGGACACAAAUUAGGCAAACUAUUCAUGUGUUCUCCACUGAAGGGGAACCACAUCCAGAAGAAGGAGAAAUAUAUUUUGAGUUAUAUCAGUUAGUCUCAGAGAUAAGAAAGCUGGGAUAUGUACCUGUUACACAUUGUGUACUUCAGAACAUUGAUGAGAAGGAGAAGGAAAAGGUUCUGCUCAGUCACACAGAGAAGUUGGCAAUGACAUAUGGAUUGAUUAAAACUAGCGAUGGAUCUCCCAUCAGGGUAGUGAAGAACACAAGAAUUUGUCAAGACUGUCACACAGCAGCAAAGUACAUUUCUCUGGCUCGGAACCGCGAGAUUUUCCUCAGAGACGGUGGCCGUUUCCACCAUUUCAUGAAUGGAGAAUGCUCAUGCAAUGAUCUUUGGUAACAAGAUACAAGACCAGAAACAUGAAGCAUUUUCUUCUCUAGCUAUUGUGGUCUUGCAUAUCAACACAGGGAGUGUGUUCGUGAGGGAACUUUAUGCUAAAUUAAUGAAUGACUAAGUUUCUUAGGAAUCACUGAAUACCCUUUAUGCAAGUUGUAUUCUUCACCUGAAAUAGUUUAUCUUUUUUGCAAGCCACAGUAUGAAAAGAGUUUGAAGAACGGAUAGAACGUGCAAUGCGAUGAAAAAUAGCAUGCAAGGUACUGAAUAGUGACACAGCAUGCGCCUGGUAUGUUGAUUGAUUCUGGAGCCUUAUUUACUUCAACAAAUUAUUGUAUUACCAGGUUUCAACAUUUGCAAGGGUAGCAUCAGUUGGCUUCAUCAGCAUAUGAAAAAGUAAAGUCGAAAUUGUUUAUGAAAUAUAUUUUUCAAAUU